CGAAGACCACUCUCCGUCAUUCUCGAGGAACUAGUAGUACGGACCAACAGACACGCUCACGGGAAGUAGCACAGACCUGUAAUCGGAUCAGCAGCAAGGAUUCUCGAGACUACCAGCUACUCUCAAGAAUCACGCGUCACUACGCCGAUUGCCCAAGUUGGGUUAUUUCCGAGCAGAUUCGCACAUGCGAUCCAAUAUUCAGCACUAAACGGAGCAUCCUUUGGCUGUUCGUUUCUUAUUUUAACCGCCCCAAUGUACUGAAGUCUACAGAUAGUCCACACUGUAGUCGAACCCGCUCUUUCCGCUACCAGCAUCGGAAUAAUGGACGUGACGCUGCUGCGCGACUAGUCGGCACACAGUAAACCCCCGACGGCCAUGGGCGGUCCGCCCGGCUCUAGGGCCCCCCGCCAGGGCCGCGCAGUGGGGGGAGGGGGCGGGCUGGGCGUGGGGGUGCGCGGAGCUGGCGCGGGCGAGAGUUUACGUAGCAGCGACGGCGGAGGGGGCGCGGGGGGUUCCGCGGGAAGCGGCGGCGGAGGGCAUGGCAACGGGGGCGGAAGGCCGCGGAAAACCUCACGCCUGCUGCUGCACAUCCGCGUGCACUACCGCCGACUGCUGCUGAGAGUGGGAGUUGCUCUGGCUGCGCUCCUGCUGCUGGCGUUUCUGCUGCGCGCAGCAUUGAGCCUGGGGGUAGGGGUGGGGGGUGGGGGAGCUGGGCCCACGGGGAGAAGCGGGCGAGCGGGGUCGAAUAGGAAGCUAGGCGUGCCUGGGGAUGGCGGAAGCGGAGAGGGAAGGGGGGAAAACAGGCGUGGCGGAGGGGAAAGAGAUGCCGCGCGUGGGAGAAUGAGGGAAGGGGAAGCGGAGGGGAAGAGAGACGCAGGCCUGGUCCGCGUGGCCCUAGAUAAGGGCAGCGUGGGGGCGCGGAGAGGGAGAGGCACGGACGUGUAUGAGGCGAGCCGAGAGGAGGAGAUAGUGAACGUGUGGGAUCCGCAGUAUGGGCUGGAGAUUGACGUGUGGGACCCACGCACGCACAACCCUCUCAAGAAGCAGCUAUCGGAGUUAGGGUCAGAGGUGCAGGUGGCAGGGGGCAAGGAGAAGACGCACUACCUGGUGGCCAUGGUGGUGCACCACCUCAACCGGUCCUCCAACGUCUCGCUCUAUGAGUGCAGACAGUGGGUGGAGUACUAUAAGUAUGCCGGCGUCUCGCACAUUGUGUGGUAUGACACGGCUAUUGAUGUCCGCGACUCCAUUGAGUCUGCAUGGAGGCCGUACGUCAAGGAUGGCUUCCUCACGCUGCACUCGUUCCGCCACCUCUUCCCCUCCUUCGACCCCCAAGGGAUUGCCUCCAAGGAAGACCAGGCCACCCUGCACUUCCUGUCCACCCACGGCCCUCAAACGUCCUGGUUCAUGCACAUGCCGCUCUCCUCGUUCCUGUUUGCCCCCGGCGACGCCAAGCCGGGGUUCCUGGACCGUGUGGUCAGGGACUACGAGGCACAUAGGCCGGACACCUCACAGCUGCUGCUGCAGAUGCUGCAGUUCGUAGGGCCCAGCCAGCGGCCCCUUCCUGCUCUCCUCUUGGAGCGGUUUGUGCACCGCACAGAGCAGACGAGGGGGGCGUCUUUGCAGCCGUUUGCGCAGAUGACCGCGCUGGUGAAGCCGGAUGGCGUGCUGCGGCUGUUCUGGCACCACCCGCACCACAUGGAGAUGAGCAAGGGGCACACGGUCGCGCUGCCAGCUGCGCUGCUGCGCGUGCACUCGUUUGCCAAGGCUCUUGCAGGGGAAGGAGUUGGAGGUGAAGACGUUGUGGCUGACACAUCGAUGCUUCCGAUUGCGAUUGAGUUAAACCAAAUGCUUAACAAGGAGUCAGGUGUACGGCAAAGAGCUGGAGGUGGCGGGGCUUCCACACGUUUUGGAUGAUGAUUGAUUGCAUACUGGUACCGGUAAAAGGCUCGUGUUGAAUUCUUAUUCAGUGCCUACAUCUGUCCUUCCAAUUAAGUUUCACGGAUCACGGUUAGAAAUGGAAGUACAGACAUAUCAAUGGUGGCAGAUUCUUAGUAU